AUGGCCACAGAGUCGCCUAUUGUCCCACACCAUGGCGAUGCUAGAUGGUCGCUCCCAGCGGACUUCCAGUCACAGAGUCGGAUCCGAUCGCUAAGCUCGCACUCGCAAUCGAAAUCGAAACCACAGCUUGACAUCUCGAUACCAGAGUUACCUCUGUUUGUGCAGGCCAGAUCGCACGCUCUAGCAGACCCGCAUAAAGCGGCCAUCAUCGACACGGCGCGAGACCAGAGCUUCACGUACUCGGAGCUGUUGAACGACGUGGCUAUCUUCAAAGCGCAGAUCGAGCAAUUUCUGCCGCCCAGCCCUCCCGUGGGCGAAGAGUCUCGCGUGGCAUUCCUCACGCCCUCAGGGUAUGACUAUGUGGUCAUGCAAUGGGCCAUUUGGGCCUCCGGAGCCAUCUCUGUGCCAUUGUGCACAUCCCAUCCGCUGAAAGAGCUACAAUACACCAUAUCCGACUCGAGCCCAUCACUAAUUAUCCUUCACCCUUCAUUCGCUAGAUUCGAAACUGGUCUUCGCGAGCAAGCACCAACAACUCCCUUGAUUACCAUCACGCCCUUUUCCCAGUCGCCCAGCAGCCGCUCGACAUUCCUGCCGAAAUUCACCAGCGCAUUCUCUCUAUCCCGCCGCGCACUCAUCAUCUACACGUCCGGUACGACGUCUCGGCCCAAGGGCUGCGUAAGUACGCACGAGACUAUCACUUUCCAAGCCCAGUCUCUGGUCGACGCCUGGAAGUACACCUGCCAAGAUCACCUCCUCCACGUCCUGCCCCUGCACCACGUCCAUGGGAUCAUCAACGGUCUCACGGCGACCUUGCUGGCAGGUGGGACUGUCGAGAUGCAUCCCAAAUUCGACCCUAGUGUAGUCUGGACGCGAUGGUCAGAAAGGGGCACUUCGACCAUGUUCAUGGCCGUGCCGACCGUCUAUUCGCGCCUGAUAGACCAUUUCGACAGCAAGAUCCGGGGUACGCAACUCGAGGCGGGUGCCAGACAGGGCGCCAACGCACUGCGAUUGGUCGUGAGUGGAUCCGCUGCCCUACCGGUGUCGACGAAACGCAAAUUCGAAGAAAUCACGGGCCACGAACUCCUCGAGCGCUACGGCAUGACGGAGAUCGGCAUGGCGUUGAGCUGCGGGUUGGAACGCGAGAGACGGAUCGACGGCAGUGUCGGCUGGCCCUUACCCGGCGUGAAGGUGCGGCUGACCAGCGAGACGGGACGAGUGAUCACUUCGAGUGGGAAGGACGAGGCGGGCAACAUCGAGAUUCAAGGUCCCAAUCUGUUCGCCGAGUACUUCAACCGCGAGAAGGCGACGGCCGAGUCGUUCACCGAGGACGGAUGGUUCAAGACGGGAGACGUGGCGAAGCGAGACGCCGACGGCGCCUAUUUCAUCCUCGGGCGGGAGAGCGUCGACCUGAUCAAGUCGGGCGGAUACAAGAUCUCGGCACUGGAGGUCGAGAGGAAGAUUCUCGGAAACGAAGUGCUCGGUGGUAUCGUGAGGGAGGUCGUAGUCGUUGGUGUCGAGGACGCGGAAUGGGGUCAAAGAGUCGCUGCGGUGGUGACGCUUCGGGAUACGACCAAGGCUCCAAUCAACCUCAAGACGUUCCGAGGUUAUUUGAAAGAAGACAUGGCGCCGUAUAAAAUCCCGUCGAUUUUGAAGAUUGUCGACUCCAUCGACCGGAACGCAAUGGGCAAGGUGAAUAAGAAACAGGUGCUCAAGCAGUACUUUGAGCCUGCGCAAUGA